AUGUCUUCUAUGUUGGGCUGUUCUAAUGGCACCGUCGUGAUCGCAACCGCCAUGGUGUUCUCAAGCACCGCUCUGUUUCUCGCGAUGGCUCGUCAGUUUCAUGGAAAUCAAACCUCCAAGACUCAUGAUCAGACUCCACGACCCGUCCUCCGUUCUUGCUUAUCUUCAGAGGAAACGAAGAAACAGAGGAGGAAGACGAAGAAGAAAGUGCGGUUCGACGAGAAUGUGAAAGAUACAAAAGGGAACGGGAAAGAGUACCGGAGGAAGGAACUCAGCAAAAGAACCGUACCGGUGACCAAACCGGGAAAGGCCGAUUCGGUUUGUAGAGUCUCCACCAUGCCAGCGAACCGGAUGGCUCUGUACAAUGGGAUGCUCAGAGACCGAGAUCACAGAACUCAAUGCUCUUAUUGA